CCCCGCCAGGCCGGGGCGGCCGGGGGCGGUCCCGGACUCCCUUCCGUCCCGCCUCCAGGUCCCGGGACCCGGCUGGCCGACGUGGCGUUGGCGGCGCUGCGAGCGGGCGGGCAGUGCAGGAGGGGGCGGGCCGGAAAGUUUGUCCCGCGGCGGCGGCGGCGUUGGGGACUCCGGCCCGGGGGAUGCGCGCCCGGCCCUCCAGCGCCCCCAGCACGCCGCGGAGUACCGCUCGCCAUGGGCCGCCCCCCACCUGUCCUGACCUUGUGUGCCUCUGUGUCUUUGCUGGGUGGCCUGACCUUUGGUUAUGAACUGGCAGUCAUAUCAGGUGCCCUGCUGCCACUGCAGCUUGACUUUGGGCUAAGCUGCUUGGAGCAGGAGCUCCUGGUCGGCAGCCUGCUCCUGGGGGCUCUCCUUGCCUCCCUGGUCGGGGGCUUCCUCAUUGACUGCUAUGGCAGGAAACAAGCCAUCCUUGGGAGCAACUUGGUGCUGCUGGCAGGCAGCCUGAGCCUGGGCCUGGCUGGUUCCCUGGCCUGGCUGGUCCUGGGCCGCUCUGUGGUUGGCUUCGCCAUCUCCCUCUCCUCCAUGGCCUGCUGUAUCUACGUGUCAGAGCUGGUGGGGCCACGGCAGCGGGGAGUGCUGGUGUCCCUCUAUGAGGCAGGCAUCACCGUGGGCAUCCUGCUCUCCUAUGCCCUCAACUAUGCACUGGCUGGUGUCCCCUGGGGAUGGAGGCACAUGUUCGGCUGGGCCACUGCACCUGCUGUCCUGCAGUCCCUCAGCCUCCUUUUCCUCCCGGCUGAUGCAGAUGAGACUGCAGCACACAAGGACCUCAUCCCACUCCAGGGAGGUGAGACCCCCAGGCUGGGCCUGGGAAGGCCACGGUACUCCUUUUUGGACCUCUUCGGGACAAGGGAUAACAUGCGAGGCCGGACCACAGUGGGCCUGGGGCUGGUGCUCUUCCAGCAACUAACAGGGCAGCCCAAUGUGCUGUCCUAUGCCUCCACCAUCUUCCUGUCCGUUGGCUUCCAUGGGGGAUCUUCAGCCGUGCUGGCCUCCGUGGGGCUUGGUGCAGUGAAGGUGGCAGCUACCCUGAUCGCCAUGGGGCUGGUGGACCGCGCAGGCCGCAGGGCUCUGUUGCUAGCUGGCUGUGCCUUCAUGGCCCUGUCGGUCAGCGGUAUAGGCCUCGUCAGCUUUGCCGUGCCCAUGGACUCAGGCCCAAGCUGCCUGGCUGUGCCCAAUGCCACUGGGCAGACAAGCUUCCCUGGAGACCGUCAUCUGCUGCAAGGCUCCUCUCUUCCUCCCAUGCCAAAAACCAAUGAAGACCAAAGGGAGCCAAUCUUGUUCGCUGCUAAGAAAACCAAGCCCCAUCCCAGAUCUGGAGCAACCCCUCCUCAGCCGGCCCUGAGCUCUGCCUUCCCUGGGCCUCCUCUGCCCGCCCCAGGGCAUGCACUGCUGUGCUGGACUGCACUGCUCUGCCUGAUGGUCUUUGUCAGUGCCUUCUCCUUUGGGUUUGGGCCAGUGACCUGGCUUGUCCUCAGCGAGAUCUACCCUGUGGAGAUACGAGGAAGAGCCUUUGCCUUCUGUAACAGCUUCAACUGGGCGGCCAACCUCUUGAUCAGCCUGUCCUUCCUCGAUCUCAUUGGCACCAUCGGCUUGUCCUGGACCUUUCUGCUCUACGGACUGACCGCUGUCCUCGGCCUGGGCUUCAUCUAUGUAUUUGUUCCUGAAACAAAGGGCCAGUCGUUGGCAGAGAUAGACCAGCAGUUCCAAAAGAGACGGUUUGCCCUGAGCUUUGGCCACAGGCAGAACUCCACUGGCAUCCAGUACAGCCGCAUCGAGGUCUCUGCGGCCUCCUGAGGAAUCCUUCUUCCUGGAAAUUCUGGAACCAUGGCUUUGGCGACCAUCUCCAGCGUCCUGCUUCCUAGCCCCCAGAGCACAAGUUCCACCUUGUCAUUUGGGAGUGCCCCGUACCCCAAAGGAGGUCUUUUUUUUUGCUGGGGCAAAAAGGAUUAAAGUCUGAGAAUGCCCAACUUUUCAUUUUGAGUCUCAGGCCCUGAGGGUUUCUGAAGAUCUAGCUUUGUGCCUCAGUUUCCCCAUUGACUUGCACAUAUCUGCAGUAUUUAUAAUAAGAAUAUUUUAUGGAGUCUUUGUUGCACCAUGGACUUUCUCAAAGAAUCUCAAGGGUACCAAUCCUGGCGGGAAGUCUCUCCUGAUAUCACCUCUAAAUCCAAAUGAGGCUAUCAUCUUCUCUAAUCUCUUUUUUCAACUGGCUGGGACAUUUUGGGGUGGGGGAAGUCUCUUUUUUGACUCUUCAUUUUUUCUUGAGACAGAGUCUCACUGUGUUGCCCAGGCUGGAGUACACUGGCAGGAUCUUGGCUCACUGCAAUCUCUGCCUCCUGGGUUCAAGCAGUUCUUGUGCCUCAGCCUCCCAAGCAGCUAGGACUACAGGCGCAUGCCACCAUGCCUGGCUAACUUUUUGUAUUUUUAGUAGAAAUGGGGUUUUGCCGUGUUGGCCAGGCUAGUCUCAAAAUCCUGGCCUCAAGUGAUUCACCUGCCUCAGCCUCCCAAAGUGCUGGGAUUACAGGCCUUUUGACUCUUUUAUCUGAGUUUUAUUCAGCUACUCUAAUUCUCUUACCCAGAAUAUUUAUCCUUUGCCAGCAACUCUGUCUGGUUGAUGGGAGGCCUCAGCUCUAGUCCUUGGUCAGCUGGUGUCAUUGCUGUAUGAAUGACCACGGGCCUCAGUUCGCCCUCAUGUACAAUGGGAAUUUUGGACCAGGUCGUUCUUAAGAUUUAUUUCCACUCCAGUGAACUGGAAUUCUGAAUGCUGGUCUAGGAGCUGGUCUCCAGGAUGGUGCAGCAUGGCUUUGCGGAAAGGAGACUGGUUUGGAGGCCAACAAACCUGCUUGACAAUAUUGCCUUUGCCGCUCAGCAGACCUUGAACUUGGCAAAAUAAUAACUCCCUCAACCCUAAGUUUCCUCAUCUGCAGAAUGGGGACAAUUAUGUCCCAGGGGUAUAUUUAGACCCUAUUUCCCUUCAGG